AUGCCAGUCGUUGUUGCUGUUGUAGUAUCUCUUGGGUUACGUAGGUACAGUGCAGUUCCAAUUUUCGCAAGCUGUUACUCCCAGUGCUGGCUUGGACCCUAUGAGAAACUGCUCAAUUGCCAAACGUUACGGGUUUGGCGGGGGAGGAAUUCUUCUAGAACCUGCUCAGUGUUUAUCCUUGUGUGUGGUGCAAGGGUGUCUAUGUGUACAGGUGUCUAUGUGUGUGUAUAUGUAUGUGUGUGUUUGUGUAUGUAG